AUGACUCCUUUUUUUCCUCUAUUUAUUACAACAGGGGGGGAGGGAAAGGAUAGGAAACCCGGGGAUUUUGAUUUGGACAACUCUGUUGAGCUGUCUCUUAUUUCUCUGAUGAAAACCGAAAAGAAAAAACAAAAUACCAAAAAGAAAACAACACGUACGGAACGGAAACGGAAUGAAAUGGAACGAAAAGACACUCCUUUGCCCCUUUUUUUCUAA